AUAACAGUGGCGCUUGCGCGGCUGAGGAGUGUGCGUCUGCGAUGGGGUUUCUGCGAAAUAGUGAUUGACGGAUAUGAAUUUUGUUGCUAACACCAAGAAGAUAUUACAGAGACGUAGCUACGACUUUCUCUCGCAGAAAUAUUCUAUUUUAUUGAUUACUUUAAUCAUUUUUUCAUUGUUAACCACUGUAAUACAAUUUGGUGAGGUGUGGUUACGUUGGAGCAAGGAGAAAUACGAAGCUGCGUUCAAUCCAUUUAGUGACAAUGUCAUCAAAAAACCACUACAGGAUAAGCUUUGCCAGCAUGUACCUAUUGAUGUUGUUUACACAUGGGUUAACGGUUCGGACCCUUUACUGCAAGGGCAACUUCGUGAGUAUGAAGAGAAGCUGCGAGAGGAGAAGCCGGCAGAGUGCCCUUACGCAGUCUGUUUGCCGUCACACAUUGUCACAGCGAGGUUCCCUAAUGAAGGGCCAGAAAAGGAAUAUGACAUCGCUCUGACCAACCUGUGGAAUAGAGAGAAAGUGCAAAACCCACCUGAGAAGAAUCAUUCUCUGAAUAGAACAAUCAUUUACUUCUCUGAUCCAGAAGAGGCAGGUGAUGUCGUCCAGCAGACAGUGAUGGUUAAGAAGGCUAAUGUUACUCUUUUUCAGGCUCACUGGACAUCAGAAAAAUUUGCCCCAGCUUCUUACCCUGUGAAGAAUACACUCAUAAUUACUGGCAUACCAUCAGUUGUCAUGCACAACAUAGAAAAUGAUAUUCGUGCUUUAUUUCAAAAAUAUGUGGGAGAUAACAUUGUCAAUGUUUGGAUGUACCCCAACAAUGGGACAUCUGUCAUAGAGCUGGGUACUGAGAAAGCGGCUACAGCAAUGAUGGAGCUAUCGAGAGGCACCCUGUAUUUGGAGGAAAUGAAAAUAACGGUCAGUAAUGCGUACAUAAUAAUGGAGCUGCCUUUUGCUAAUACGGAGAGUUUGGCACCAUCAAGAUUUGAGGACAAAGAGGAGUUGCGGUAUUCCCUGCGUUCUCUCGAGAAAUUUGCCCCGUGGGUUCGCCACGUGUAUGUGGUGACAAACGGCCAGAUACCUCACUGGUUAAACCUGGACAACCCACGUCUUACUGUGGUCCCUCACAACAAAAUAUUUCCCGACAUGUCUCAUUUGCCGACAUUCAGUAGUCCGGCAAUAGAAACUCACUUGCAUAGGAUUCCUGGCUUGUCAGAUAAAUUCUUAUAUUUCAAUGAUGAUGUGAUGCUUGGCAAGGAAGUUUGGCCAGAAGACUUUAUUACCUAUUCUAAAGGGCAGAAGGUAUACUUCUCAUGGUCAGUUCCAGACUGUUCAGUUUUAUGUCCAUGGUCUUACAUCAAUGAUGGCUCCUGUGAUGUUGCAUGUAACACUUCAGACUGCUUUUAUGACGGUGGCGACUGCGAUCUCGGAAAUGGAGAUGCCGGAAGUAAUGGUGGCGUGGAAAUGUAUGAUGAGAACAACCAGAGCAUGGAUGCUUUCAAUGAUGAUGGAUUUGACAGUCAGCUCAAUUUUGAAGACAAUAAUGACAAUCCAUUCAAGCACAUAAACUUUUUUGAUGACAUGGAUAGGAAAGAAGGAAGUCGCCAGGAGGAUUCAGUAGCUAAACUUUUUAACACCUCAGAAAGAGAAACACUUACAGAAAAUACUCUCAGUGCAAUUAACAGUGUUGAAGAAAAUAAUGAAUAUACUGAACCUGUAGCAUCAUCAUCUACAGCUCCUCAUGUUUCUGUAAGUCGCCAAACUAACUAUAAAUUCCAUUAUAACUAUGACAGAACAUUGUCACAUGAUUCAGUCACCAAAUUUCCUGUUGGUUCUAAUGAAACUGUAGGACCACUGACACCAGAUAACAGUGUGUCACUUGGUACUGGUCGGUUCUCAAGUGUUCCUGAUGUAAACAAAGAGGUUGAUGUUAAUGACUAUAACAGCACUAGAACAUUUGCUACCAAGUAUGUGGGCAAAUUUGUCAGUUCUAUCAAUAGGAAGCCAAACUCCAUUGAUGAUAACUUUCAACUUGCAGAUGAAACCAGACAUGUGAAAAACGCGGACGGAAGUUCUCACAAAACCAGACGCCAGUCAUCUUUGAGGAAAAACGUGAAAGAUAUGAUCAAACAAAACAGGAAAAAUUAUGGAAAAUACCACAGAUGGGACAGAACUAAUGUUGAAAAAAUUAUUCCUAAUGCUUCUAAACCAAGAAAGGCAUUUCUGGAGCGUGUUAAUGGCAUGAGUGUCACAGAAUUUCCUCACGAGAAACAGAAUUACAACCAAUUACGUGUUUAUCGAACACCUUACGGAAUAUCUCGAAAGGUGCUUAGAGACUCGUUUGCUGGGUCAUUGCUCUACGUAAAUCGCCUUUAUAGCAAGGAAUUUGGUUUUGAGGUGCGAAAAGUUCCUGCACAUAUGCCUCACCUCAUAGAUAAAAAGAUAAUGGAAGAUUUGCAGAGAAGAUUUCAGGACGAAUGGCUCUUGACCUCUUCGCAUAAGAUACGUAGAGCAAAUGAUAUGCAGUAUGCUUUCUCUUACUUUUAUUUUCUUAUGAGUGAAAAGAAGUCGCGAUCUGCUUCAGAGAUAUUUGACAUAUUUGACACUGAUCAGUCAGGAACAUUGUCUGACAGAGAAAUUAGGACACUUCUGGCGAGACUUUAUGAAUUGCCCAUUGGCUUUCACCGUGUUACAGCCUUUACCAACAAAGUAAUAAAUUGUUCUAGAACAGUGCCACAUGUAGUAUAUGAGAGAGAAGCAUUCACACCGAUGUAUGAGAGGUACCAGGACUCCAGGCUUCCUAUUGUGAGCAGACCACUUGUGGUGAAUUGUGGGCCAUUGGCGAAGUUGUUAACAUCCAAGUUUGGCUCAGUAAAAAGGUAUAAAUAUGAAAUAGUGAAAGAUAAACAUCAAGAUGUGACUUUCAAAAUGAUUAAUUCAAACAUAACCCACGUGGUCUCUGUUCUAGAUGAAAUACGGAAGGAACCAAAGAAAUUCAUAUGUCUGAAUGACAAUCUGGACCCUGCCGUUGAGAAAGUCAAUGAUGUGAUUCGUGCAGUUCUGCAGGACUUUUAUGAAGCACUGUUUCCUGCUCCAUCAUCUUUUGAACUGCCACCAGAAUACCGAAAUCGGUUUCUGCAUGUAUCAGAACUGGAGGCUUGGAGAGCGAGCCGAAAUAUUGCACGCGUGUUUGUAUAUUUAUGCCUAGCUUUACUUCUCAGCUUUUCACUUGUCAGUUUCCUUCUGAUUGAGCGCCAGGUUCGAUGCCGUCGUAAAGCGUCAAAUGGCAAUCUGGCAAGACAAUAUGCAGAUGUGGGCGUGUAAUGUGUAAAGAAUGCUACAGGUUCUGAACCACAAUCUAGUCACAAUGUAAAUAAUAUUUCCUUACAUUCCAGUUUUUGAUGGAUAUAUUUGUAAUUUGUUUAUUAAUAAUUUUUGUCUUAAAUAAUACUUUUUGUAAUAUGAAUAGGCAAUGAAUGUAAGAUGUGUGUGUAUAUAUAUGGCAUCAGACUGUUUGUUUGUAAUAGUGUGAAUAAGGAAGAGCUGUACAGUUCAUAUAAAACAUCACACCAUUUUGUCUGUACAGCAAAUACACCAGUGGUGUUAGAAAUGUAA